GGAUGUGACGUAGAACCGGAUGUGCAGCACGGAACCAUUUCCGACGCGGACCUGCCGCCAUAACAGACAGCCAGUGUUACUCUCACACGGAAAAGAGAUAUUUGUUGUUUUUAAGUCCAGCGGACUGUGAACUAAGUUGUUAUUUCAGCCUAUAAAAUGUCCUGAGAACUAGCGGAGACAGCUGGUCAGUUUUACAUUUAACGGAAUCAAAAUGGAGGCGAGGUUCGGCAGCGAAGUGGCGUCGCUGGUGGAGGUAUCCGUCCGGGCGGCAGUGACCGUCUGCAGGGAGGUCUGGGCGAAGGAGGCGGCGGAGGAGGAGGCGGAGUGGGACGAGGCGAAGCUCGGAGAACUGCAGCAGGUGGAGAAGAGUCUGGUGGUCCAGAUCCACAAGGUGUUCACGGAGUUCUCCUCGGAGCUGCUGGAGGAGAACGAGGCUCUGCGGGCCCGGGUGGAGCAGCUGGAGGACGUGCUGCAGAGGAAAGCCGGACAGCUGCAGCAGGAGCUGGAGGCCCGGGUCGGUCAGCUGGGACGAGACAUGGAGCAGCUGGAGAAGGAGCUCAAGACCAUCAGUGAAGGAGGCAACCAGAGCCAGGGGGGCAACCAGAGCAAUCAGAUCCAGGGGGGCAAGCAGAGCCACAUCCUGCUGCAGGACGGUGCCUUGAUAGGAGCUCCUGUGGUCUCAGUCUCCACUAGUCCUGCUGCACAUCCUGGUGCUGAGGAGGAAGAAGAACCCACGUCGAUCCCUCUGGAUCCAGAAGAAGGCUCUGAAUCCGUCUCCUGCUCCACAGCCGGAUCGAUCCUGCUCCCUAAAGCUGCCGUAGCCCCGAUGGUGCUGCUGGUGGGUGGAGGCCAAGUGGUCUCCCAGCCCCCGACGCCUCCGCCGUCUGAAACAACGCAGCUGAUCUUCAAACCAGCAGCUUCGCCUCAGGACGUCCCCAGUCCAGACCCCAGUCCAGACUCCAGCGUCGCCAGCGGAGUCGACUCAACGCAGGAAAAGAUAUCUGAAGAGGCACCUUCAGGGAGAACGAGGAGGACGAGGAAGCCAACUUUUAAAACUGAAGAAGUUUUCUCUGAACAGAUCACAGAAGAGAAAAAUGUCAAGACCGCUGGAGUUCAGGCAAGAAAACCUCAAAGAAAAGAGUCGAGGACAGUGAAGCGAUUCUCGUGCGAACUUUGUAACGCCAGUUUUCAUUGGAAAGGUGAAUUGAAGAAACACAUGACGGUCCACAAGAAGCCUUUCCCCUGUGAUCAGUGUGACAGAAGUUUCCUGGUGAAGAGGUCUCUGGAGAACCACCUCCUGCGUCACGAGACCAGUAAAGCCCCGCUGCCCUUCCCCUGUCCUCAGUGUAAACGCUCGUACCGCAGAGAGCAGUCGCUGCAGAAUCAUCUCAAGCGCCACGAGCGGCUGAAACCACCGAAGCCGUUCGCCUGUGACCAGUGCGGGAAAACGUACAGAAUCCAGCAAUCUCUGGAGAACCACCUGCUGCGCCACGAGAAGUGGAAGCAGCAGCUGAAGUGCCAGCUCUGUGACAAGACCUGCAAGAACUCGGUGCAGCUGAAGUGUCACAUGACCGUACACUCGGAGGAGAGACCAUUCAGCUGUGCGACAUGCGGGAAGGAAUUCAAGAGCAAAGACACCCUGCGUUUCCACCAGAUGGUUCACUCCAACGCCAAGAAAUACAAAUGUACAAUGUGUGAGGAGUCGUUUAAAUAUGCCCACUCGCUGACGGUGCACAAGAGGAAACACACAGGCAUCACGCCGUUCAUCUGCACCGUGUGCAACAGCUCGUACCGGACCGGCACGGCGCUGAAGAGACACAGCAUCGUCCACACGGGGGAGAAACCCUUCACCUGUCACAUAUGUGGCGCACGCUUCAGCCUGAACAACAACCUGAAGAGGCACCUUCGCAUCCACACGGGAGAGAAACCGUUCACCUGCCAGGAAUGCGGCAAGAGCUUCUCGGACAACACCAAGCUCAAGUCGCACAUGCUGAUCCACGGCGCCAGGAAGCCGUUCAUGUGUGACCUGUGUGGGAAGACCUUCCUCUUCAACUGCAGGCUGCUGAUCCAUCAGAGAUACGUGCACGCCGACAGGAACGACGACGCGGACGGCACGUCGAGAUUUUUACACGCGAGAAGGCGAAACAAGUCGUUGGUGAAGCCGUUCAGCUGCAAAAUAUGUCUGAAAGGUUUCAGCGCCGCCUGUUCCCUCAAACUUCAUGAAAAAGGCCACAGCGAGCACAAAGAGUUCCACUGCGGCAUCUGCGGGAAGUCGUUCCACAACAAGUACUCUUUCGGCUACCAUCAGAGGAGCCACGCCGGAGAGAAACCUUUUGUCUGUGAGGUGUGUGGGAAGAGGUUCUUCCACGCUGGAAGUCUGAAGCAGCACGAGCGGAUUCACACGGGUGAAAAACCGUACAAAUGUGACCAGUGCGGCAAAGCCUUCAGAACAGACGGGAACUUCUACAGACACAUGAGGAUCCACACAGGAGAGAAGCCGUUUGAGUGCGUUUACUGUCACAGGAAGUUCCACCAGUCGAACCAGCUCAAGUCCCACAUGCAGGUCCACACGGGGGAGAAGCUCUACUCGUGUCAGCAGUGCGGCCGCGGCUUCUCCGACUCACGGCAGCUCAAGAAGCACAGCUGUGACGGGCCGUAGGUCAGCUGAUCAACAGACAGGAGAACUUAAAGGGUUAAAGGAGGACUUCACCUGCAAAGUGACCAUUAAACUUAAAAAAAAAAAUUCUUUUAACGCCUCCACAUCGAACCAAAAGAAUUAGAGACAAAUCUUGAUGAAUUGAAGUAGGGCUGGACAUGUAAAUAUAUCAAUAAUAUAGUGAUAUUUUGAUAUGAGUAGAGCUGCAACAAUUAUUCCAUUAAUCGAACAAUAAUCGAUUAUUAAAUUAAUCGUCAACUAUUUUGAUAAUCCAAUAAUUGGUUUGAGCAGUUUUUUUUUAAAGACAAUAAGUCCAAAUUCUCUGAUUUCAGCUUCUUCAAUGUGAAUAUUUCUGGUUUCUUUGUACCUUUAUGACAAUAAACUGAAUAUCUCUUUGGUUUGUGGACAAAACAAGAGAUUUGAGGACGUCAUCUUGUGGUUUGGGAAACACUGAUUGAUAUUUUUAUACAUUUUAUUGACCAAACAACUAAUCGAUUAAUCGUUUAAAUAAUCAACAGAUUAAUCGAUCAUAAAAAUAAUCGUUAGUUGCGGCCCUAGUUAUGAGGCUAGAUAUCUUUCUUAGAUUCUGGAUAUCUUAAUAUGGCAGCAGUGUCGUCUUUUCCUUGUUUUAAAGGCUGUUUCACAGUGAAAUAAUGUAAUUUUCUGAACAUUAUUUCCACUUUAAUGAUGAUUAUUUGUCAAAUCUCAUUAUGAAAUAUUCAGAUAUUAUUGAGGUAUGUGUUCCAAAAAAUUGUGAUAUUUGAGUUUCUAUCCCGGAUCUAAAUUGAAGUAAAUGGGGGCCAUGUUAAACAACAGCAAUGCUAUAAAACUUUAUAAAUAAAUGGUCAUUUUGCAGGUGAGGUAUCCUUUUAAUCUAAGGAAGUCAAAUAAAAGUACUUUUUGUUUGUUUUGUUUUAAGGGAAACAACAUUACUUGUAUGUGGUUCCACCUUUGUUUUCAAAAUAUUGCUUGGCAAUAAAAUAACUUACUUUAAUGCUAGUUUUAUAGUCUGUUGUUGAGAGCUGGUACACACAAAGUAGUUUGCGCAAGAUUUGUCUGUUAAGUGAAAAUCUUGACUUGUGACAGCUGCACAGUGACAAAGGGAUGCUUGUUUUCUUAGUAAUAAACUGAACGCUUUUGUUUUGGCUGGUCAACUAAGAAGUUUUAACACUUCAGGGUUUUGGUAACUCGUCUGUUAUUAAUUUUGAGAGUUAAGGGUUUAAUCAAAAGUAACUAAUACAGUAAUUGACAGUAAAAGUAGUUGCAGGGUUGAGGUUAGCAGCAUUGUUUGUGGCAUUUACAGCUGUUUUUAUUCCAUUAACCUCAGCUGUGAAAAACAUAAAUACAGACGUUAACCUUCAAUAAAUAUUGAUGCUGUUUAAACAUCACAAAGUUAAUCAUGUGAACCCCAAAUAUUGGUUUUAAUAAUAGGUAUUGAGGUCGUUCUGACAUACAGAUGAUGCUGUAAAUGCUUGGAUGAUAAAUACAGCAAAGAUGUCAGUUAUUUUCAGCAGCUAAAGCUACUUUCCUUCACCAGUUGAGUUGAUAUUAAAGUGAUGGUUGAGGUGGGGUUUUUUUGUUUGUUUUUUAAGAUUUCUUUAAUUUGUACUAAUUUAUGUUUGUCAAUUUAAAUAAUCAAUGAAAAGCAAUUAAGAUGUGAUUAUUUUAAAACGGAACAAUUUGAAAUAGUUUAAUGACUUUCUGAAGUAGAGUUCUGUGCAUUGUUGCAUUGUGUAUAUAAUAAUAUUUUUGUUUGUUAUUGCAAUUAAAGAAUAUUUGCAAUCGAA